AUGGCAUCUCUCAAUACUUCCACGAAUGGCCCUUCAAUUAAAUCCUCAUAUACCGGAGUGGUCAAUUCUGCUGCACCUUCCGGAGCGGCGGCGUCCAGCCCAACCUAUGGGCAGUGGGCUUUGUUCUCGGUAUCAGCUCCUCUCGUAAAUGCUUUUCAACAAGAUAGCGGCGGGAAGGAGAGUGUACUAAAGGUGCAGAGCACUGGAGAGGGAGAGCUUAUCGACUUAAUUGAGGAUUUCUCUGAAGGACGAGUUCAAUUCGCAUUUGUCAAAGUCAAGGAUCCGAAUACCACACUUCCGAAAUAUGUCCUUAUUGGAUGGUGCGGUGAAGGUGUUCCUGAGCGAACAAAAGGCUAUUUCACAAGCCACCUUGCAGCAGUAUCUAAGAUUCUUCACGGUUAUCAUGUUCAAAUAACUGCUCGAUCAGAAUCCGACUUGGCACCAGAAAGUAUUGUGCAGAAAGUAGCAGAUGCAUCGGGCGCGAAAUACUCGGCAGGCUCGGCACCACCGCCUUCCUCUGGUCCUCCUCCUCCAAAGGCUAAACCCGUAUUCACUCCUACACGGCCGGGCGGUGUGUCUGGGUUCAAUCCAUUAGCAGGCUCAAGGUCGAGGACAAGUCAGAAUGACAACGUAGAUGGGGAUGGAUGGGGCGCAGAUGCGCCACAAGUCACCCGAACACAACUCGAAAAGGUUCAGCCCGCAUACAAACCCACAAAAGUUAACAUGGCAGAACUUACCAAACAGCCAACCGCCUCGCGAUCUAGCGAUGGCGGCGGGGCAGACAGUGGAGCUGCCUCAGACGUUGUCAAAGGAGGCUAUCAACCAAUCGGCAAAGUAGACAUUGCAGCAUUACGCGCUCAGGCUAAGAGCAGCGGUGAUGAUAGGCCGACGAUAGUUAAGGGAGCAUACGAACCAGUCGGUAAAGUGGAUAUCGCUGCGAUUAGGGCCAAAGCACAAAAGCCUGUCGAUGAGGCUCCCGCUACUAGUUCUGCGCCAAACAGCGACGAACCAUCCAGAUCCCUUGCAGACAGGUCUGCGGCUUUCACCCAAUCAGAGCGCCUCACGACCCUCCCAAAGCCAAAGGUUGCAAAUAGGUUUGGCUCCACCGCGAAUAGCUUCGCCGGAACGAAAGCCCCAACUCCAGGAACUUUUGGCAUACAAUCCCCGGCAGCUCCAGCAGCAUCUGCUCCCGUCGGCGCAGCAAGUAGAACAUUCGCUGAUGAAGGAGGCAAGACUCCCGCUCAAAUUUGGGCAGAAAAAAAAGCUAGAGAAAGAGGUCUCAGCGGUGCUGGAGAGGCACCUCCCCAGAGUGUGCCAGCACCUAUUGCAAGCCAACCAAGUGGAGGAGGCCAAUGGAAAAGUGGAUACACUGGCAAAUCUUGGGCUCCUGUGGCCACCAACCCUACCGGACAAUCCGCUACGGGCAGUAUAGAUCAACAGAGAACCGGUGAAGCAGAACCUGAGCAAGAAGCCCCAGCUUCUCCAGCUGGAGGCAUCAAUGCUAUCAGGGAUCGAUUUAAGGGAGGACAGGCACCCAUGGGUGCACCUGCGAUGCCACGAUCAAUUACCGGAGAUCAAAAUCAAUCUACACCACCUCCACCUAUCAACGCUUCCAGUAGACCCGGUGCAAUCCCAAUGCCUGGCCUUCCAACACGCCCUCCACCUGUCGAUGAUGAGGAGGAGCAGGCCAGACCAAAUAUUCCAGCACCUCCUCCCGUUCCCCGCACCCCAACACCAGAACCAGAAGAGGAACCAGAGCGCGAGUCGUCGCCCGUUCGUAUUGCUAUGCCAGUAGCACGUGGAAGAGCACCUGAAGAAAUGGAAGCGCCAGAGGAACUUCACAAUCACCCGACGCUAGAGCAAGCCAUUGAACACGUCCCCCAUGAGGAAGACCUUACCGAGGAACCCGCUGGACAUGACCCAGCGCGUGGUGCAGCAGCAGCCGUGGCCGCUGAAACAUUCGGGCACAAUGCUCCUAUGGUUAACGAAGUUUCCGCUGCUAGCGGUAAACGCGCAUUGAUUCAAUAUGACUAUGAGAAAGCAGAAGACAAUGAAUUGGAAUUGAUCGAAGGUGAAUACGUCACCAACAUUGAAAUGGUCGAUGAGGAUUGGUGGAUGGGCACCAAUUCCAAAGGCGAAAGUGGCCUCUUCCCAAGCAACUACGUGGAGCUAGUAGAAGGCGAAGAGUCAGCUCCAGCACCAGUUCCAACUCAUUACGCUGAGCCGGAACCACCAGCUCCUGCCCCAGCUCCUGCAGCUCCGGUUGCUGCACCUGCUGCACCUGCUCAUGCUGCUGGCCCUACCGCUACUACACAAUAUGAUUAUGAAGCAGCCGAGGAUAAUGAAUUGAGUUUCCCUGAAGGCGCUACAAUUACUGAUUUGGAAUUCCCAGAUGAUGAUUGGUGGUUCGGUCACUACAAUGGACAUUCCGGUCUCUUCCCAGCAAACUAUGUAGAGCUUGAUCAAUAG